CUUGAUUUAGUCUCUCUAACUUUUUCAUUCACAUUUUUUUUGGGUAACUCUUUUUCUCUCGUCAAAAAAACCCGCUCACCAAAAAUCUCCGGUGUACUUCACUCGCCGUUGCCGAACGCCAACCGUCGUCGACUGCAAUGGCGGCUCCGGAGGAGGACUGCUCCAACUGGCUCCUCGAUCUGGGAUUUGAAGACAUUUCUGUGCCCGGCGCCCACUUCCCUUCUCUUGAACCUGGAUUUCAAUGGCCUCCUAAUGCUUUCUCCGUUCCCGCCGCUCCUAGUACUGGGCUUGAUGUAUCGGAUGGCAAUUCUGACGUUUUGAAGGAAUGCAACUCCAAAAAGAGGGCGAGAUCAGAAGCAUGCAAUGCACCUGAAUCCAAAGCACAUAGGGAGAAAAUGCGCAGGGAUAGGCUGAAUGACCGAUUCCAAGAAUUAAGUUCUGUCCUGGAUCCUGGCAAGCCACCGAAAAUGGACAAAUCAGCCAUAUUGAGCGAUGCUGUUCGAAUGGUAGUUCAGCUGAGGGAUGAAGCUCAGAAGCUGAAGAAGUCGUUUGACAAUUUACAGGAGAAGGUUAAUGAACUAAAGGCUGAGAAAAACGAACUUAGAGAUGAGAAACAAAAGUUGAAAACUGAGAAGGACAAACUCGAGCAGCAACUAAAAGCCUUGAACUCUCAACCCGGUUUCCUACCUCACCCUCCUGCAAUUCCCGCUCCAUUUGCAGCUCCUCAUCAAGUUGUUGGCAGCAAGCUGGUGCCAUUUGUCGGCUAUCCUGGAAUUCCCAUGUGGCAAUUCGCACCUGCUGCCGCUGUUGAUACAUCAGAAGAUCACGCCCUCCGCCCCCCAGUUGCUUAAUUUUGUGGCGGCCUAGAACACUCCUAAACCGAGGAAAUGACAGAAUUUUUAAUCAACAAUCUUGCUGAUGCUUCCUAUAAACUAUGGCGGGUAGAUGAAGUAAAUGACAGGUGAUAACCAUCACAAGGAAGGCAACAUCUUCCAUUUUUUAUAAACAAGAAACUUGUAGAGAGAGUGGUGAAGGAGUAAGCUCAAAUGAUUCUGUUUCAAUAUAUGAGCACAUUAAAUAAGUACUCUGUAUCUAUAUAAACCUUACUCUUGAUUGUUAGACUUUUAUAACCGCCUAUCUUUUGUUUAUGUUUGGAUUAUCACCAUGGUUAAUGGUUAAUUUGCUAGAGUUGUAUGAUUAGUGAUUGUAUUAACAAUUCAUACCAUUUAUUUCAAGCUCCAGUGUACUGUA